GGAUCGACUUCUCUCCUAAUUCCUAAAAGUGAAAACGCACAUUCAAGCAGGAAGCGAAGAGCCGAAAAACCCACCGCAACUGCGACUCUGAGGCAACCUUAAAACCUAAAAACCCCUAAAUCCCCAUCAGAUUUUGAAAGCGCGUAAAAGCACAUAUGUCCGACAGAGAAGAUAACGACUCGGACGCGCCGGAAGAAUUCACGACGGAACAGGGAGUAAAGCAGAACGAAGAGAUAAUAAAAGUUCAAAAGGAAAACAAGGCCAGGGUCGUGCGCGAGGGUAAAGAACGUCGCAGACAAUGGGCUCAAAAGCUAACACCUCGACCCUCUAAAGGUUCUAAAGAAGGAGAAAGUGUGCAAGACAGAGAAACUGAAACUGAGGAACAGUCUCUGGAUGGGAAGGGAAUGCUACCACAUGACAUUGUUGAACUGCUUGCAGCACGUGAAAAACAAGUUUUCUUAUCUGACUCUGAGGAUGAGAAGACUGAGGUGAGGUCAAGAAAGAGAAAGGCCAAGAAGAGCUCUGGGUUCGCACCCGUUAUUUUGAAGGAUAUACCACCUCCUCGAUGUUUAGAGAGUUCCUUGGAGUUUUUAAAGAAAAAGAAAAUGCAGGUUCAUAGGUCUUCAGCUGUUUUGAACAACUCAAACCAAGCGCUUCGCCUCAUAUCUACUUCAGGCUUAUUAAAUAAGAAAUAAUAGAACUGUUGGUUUGUUGUACUUGUAUCACAUAUCGAUGCUACAUUACUACUGAUGUCUUGCUUUAUUUCCUGAUGUGUUAUUGAUGAUGAAAGGGUACAAAUCCCUAAUGGAUUGGCUGCUAAAUCUCAUUGAAUGGCGAAUUUUUGUUAGUAUUUGCA